AUAAAAAUACAAAUCAAGCGACUUUGGGUCCUGGAAAAGUGCUAUAGAUGUCCCAUUAUUAAAAUUAUUAUCAACCUUGGAUAAAAAAAAUCUCUGCUUCCAUGAUUGUCUUACUUUUUUCGAGAAGAUGCCGGCAGUAGGCCCGACCUGAUGACCUUUAAAUUCAUGAAACAGAACAUGUAAAUCAACCUAUUAUUUGACUGGUUUAUUAUCGGGUGAGCAACUGUGUGCAUGUUGUUAACCCUCUCCUCUCCCUGUUCCCCUGUCCCUCCCCAGUCUCCAUGAGGAGGUGGUGGACUUCUACAACUUCAUGUCUCCCCAACCCGAGGAGGCUUCUAUGAGGAAGGAGGUGGUCAACAGAAUCGAGACGGUCAUCAAGGAGCUGUGGCCUACUGCCGACGUGCAGAUAUUUGGCAGCUUCAGCACUGGACUCUACCUACCCACAAGUGACAUAGACCUGGUGGUGUUUGGGAAGUGGGAACGCCCUCCGUUGCAGCAAUUGGAACAGGCCCUCCGGAAACACAACGUGGCGGAACCUAUCUCCAUCAAAGUGCUGGACAAAGCUACGGUGCCAAUCAUCAAGCUGACUGACCAGGAGACAGACGUCAAAGUGGACAUCAGCUUCAAUGUGGAGACGGGAGUCAAAGCUGCUCUCUUCAUCAAGGACUACACAAAGAGGUAUCCCGUGCUGCCUUACCUGAUCUUUGUGCUGAAGCAGUUUCUGCUCCAGAGAGAUCUCAGCGAGGUGUUCACUGGCGGAAUCAGCUCCUACUGCCUCAUCCUGAUGGUCAUUAGCUUCCUCCAGCUCCACCCAAGAAUUGACGCCAGUAGCCCCAACAUCAACCUUGGCAUCCUGCUGAUUGAGUUCUUUGAGCUGUACGGCCGCCAUUUUAACUAUCUGAAGACGGGCAUCCGCGUCAAGAACGGAGGGGCCUACAUGGCCAAGGAGGACAUGACGAAGGUUAUGACCAACGGCUACAGACCCUCCAUGCUCUGUAUAGAGGACCCACUGAUGCCAGGUAACGACGUUGGCAGGAGUUCGUACGGAGCCAUGCAAGUCAAGCAGGUGUUUGACUACGCUUACAUCGUCCUUGGUCACGCCGUGUCACCGCUAGCACGCUCCUACCCCAAUAAGGACAUCGACAGCACUUUGGGGAGGAUAAUCAAGGUGACCCAGGAAGUGAUUGACUACAGGGAGUGGAUCAUGACGAAGUGGGGAGGAAGGCACCUCGCCCGCAUGGAGAGCCGGGGUUCUGUCCUGGAGCAGGACCCAGCACGGUGUGUGUUGGGUUUAGGUGUGGAGGAACAGAGGGACUCAGUCUCCCCUCACAGUGCAGACUCCCCCAUGUCCCUGUCCAGUCCUCACCAACACUCCUCAGCCUCCUCGGUCUCCUCUCUUUCCGGGUCAGACAACGACUCUGAUUCGACGCCAUGCCCUGGCCGCCCUCCGGCACUGCCCCCCUACACCCUCCAGUCUCUGGGUAUGACUCUACCCCUGGGCCUGGCACUGGGCAAGCCUGGCAUCAACCAGCAGCACCUCAUCAUGUCCCCUGGCUCACAGGCGUGUAUGUCUUUGCCCAGUGGCCUGACGAUGCACUCCUUACCUGUCAGACAGGUGGGUAUAGACAUGACCCCCCCUACCCACCACCCUGCCCACCAUAACCCUCAUGUCCCAUCCAACCCCCAGCCUCUGUCCAGCCCCCACCCCACCAGCUACACACACCAGAAUGGUCCUAAGUUUCACGUGAAAGGCUUCCACAAUCCAGCUGUGGUCCACAGUCCCGCCCUGGCCAACCGCGCCCACACGCACCCUCUCACACACGCCCACACACACUCACACACGCAGUACCGCAACACCUGGCGCCGUCGGAAGAGGGACAGCCUGCCAGUAAGCCUGAGCAGAUAAAGGAUAAAACAUCCCCCUUUUCCUCUCCUCCUGCCUUCAUCCCUCUCUCAUUCUGACUGAUUGGGAAGACAACUUCACGAGACAAUGCUCCCUGCUGUUCAACUUGGAGGACAGGCAGGCAGAGGCACCAGACCAGCAUUGGGAUUCAUUCAACAAUUUGGGCUGCUGAACUUUGGCCCCGAGGAGGGAAAGAAGUGUAGCUCUGGGAAAACUCUUUCUCCAUCGCUCAUCCUCUCCCCAUUUCUGCAUGUUUUUUACUGCACAAUGAACCAACGGCCAACGAUACGGGAACGAGCAGUGCGGCUAGCGAACAGAACGCAGCGCAACCCAACGUGCAUUCUGACCCCAGAACUUUUCCGCAGCUCUCCAGUCUGCUCUUUCACUUCCUGUUUGGGAUCCACAUUUUGUUUUCUUUUUGUUAAUGUUUAUUGUUCACAUUAAUAUUAAAAUAAUGGCGCUUUGCCCAUUUUCACAUACGUUCAAGGAGACUGAGGAUAGUGACAUCUUUGCCAGGUGGAAGUAGCGAAAGCCCAGUGUCGUGUUUAUUUUUGUUUUUUUGACUGGGUUGCGUUGUGAAGGCCUUUGUACUUGAACCCCGCAGCCAAGCUGUAUCUUAUUCAGUGUUCACACAAUGGACGGUUUCUAAUUUGUGCAAUAAUGUGUUCUAUUUUUUUUUUAUCUUAUCAAUCUUUAUUUAAUUUUAUUAUUCGUGUAUGUAAAGGAAUUUUGGUGUUAUGCUUUUAAGAUUGUAUUUUUUUUGCCAAGAGUUUACAGAACCUUUCCCCAGAUGGCCUCCGGUCUGGAGAGUGUGUGACGGAGUGUGUGUCUGUGUCAUGAGUGUGUGUCAAUUGGUGAGUUGUGUGUAUCUUGUUGGUGUCAAAGUAUAGUUGAACCCCCCCCCAUGGGUGUUUUAUAAUGUGUGAAAAGGAAGAAUCAGAAGGAGCUAAGUCACUUCAGACUACUGCAAUGCAACCUCUAUUGUUGACAGGUUAAAUGUCUGUAAUCUCACAUUGUCUCACUAGAUGGAGCUCUUACUACAGCAGAGUCACAGUGGACUGACUGACUGACUGACUGACUGACUGACUGACUGACUGACUGACUGACUGACUGACUGACUGAGCUCUUACUACAGCAGAGUCACAGUGGACUGACUGACUGAGCUCUUACUACAGCAGAAUCACAGUGAACUGACUGACUGACUGACUGACUGACUGACUGACUGACUGACUGACUGACUGACUGACUGACUGACUGAGCUCUUACUAUAGCAGAAACACAGUGGACUGACUGACUGACUGACUGAGCUCUUACUAUAGCAGAGUCACAGUGGACUGACUGACUGAGCUCUUACUAUAGCAGAGUCACAGUGAACUGACUUACUGACUGACUGACUGAGCUCUUACUACAGCAGAGUCACAGUGGACUGAGUGACUGACUGACUGACUGAGCUCUUACUACAGCAGAAACACAGUGGACUGACUGACUGACUGACUGAGCUCUAACUAUAGCAGAGUCACAGUGAACUGACUGACUGACUGACUGACUGACUGAGCUCUUACUACAGCAGAGUCACAGUGGACUGACUGACUGACUGACUGAGCUCUUACUACAGCAGAAACACAGUGGACUGACUGACUGACUGACUGAGCUCUUACUAUAGCAGAGUCACAGUGAACUGACUGACUGACUGACUGACUGACUGACUGACUGACUGACUGACUGACUGAGCUCUUACUAUAGCAGAAACACAGUGGACUGACUGACUUACUGACUGAGCUCUUACUAUAGCAGAGUCACAGUGGACUGACUGACUGACUGACUGACUGACUGAGCUCUUACUAUAGCAGAGUCACAGUGAACUGACUGACUGACUGACUGGCUGAGCUCUUACUAUAGCAGAGUCACAGUGAACUGACUGACUGACUGACUGAGCUCUUACUAUAGCAGAGUCACAGUGAACUGACUGACUGACUGACUGAGCUCUUACUACAGCAGAGUCACAGUGGACUGACUGACUGACUGACUGAGCUCUUACUACAGCAGAGUCACAGUGGACUGACUGACUGACUGACUGAACUCUUACUACAGCAGAGUCACAGUGGACUGACUGACUGACUGAGCUCUUACUACAGCAGAAACACAGUGGACUGACUGACUGAGCUCUUACUACAGCAGAGUCACAGUGGACUGACUGACUGACUGACUGAGCUCUUACUACAGCAGAGUCACAGUGGACUGACUGACUGACUGAA